CGAAAUAGCUAUUUAAACCUUCAUUUCUCCUCUGAUUCUACUGCGUCUCGAAAUUGACAACAGUUCUAAAACUACCAACAUUUCUAAUUUCCCUUACGUUCAAUCUAUAACAUGUGCCACGACGAGUCCGCAAUCAAUGGCUGGACAGCCAUGCCCGCUAAUGCCGGGCUAAUCUUCGGCUCCUCACCAUACAUCAACAAACCCACUGCGCUCCCUCUCAGCGAUAUCGCAUUCCCAAUCGACGACCCCGUAGUCGCAAUGACCCUGAAAUACGCCCAAGAAAAGCUCCACGCCGAGACCUUCAACCACUCCAUGCGCGUCUACUUCUACGGAAUGGCCAUAACGAAGCAACAAUUCCCCGAGCAAGCCAAGGCCCUGAACCCAGUUACCUGGGCACUCACCUGCCUCCUGCAUGACCUUGGCACUGCCGAAGAGAACCUCACUGCAACCCGCAUGUCCUUCGAUAUAUACGGCGGUAUCAAAGCCCUGCAUGUACUGAAAGAAUUCGGCGCAACAACUGACCAGGCCGAAGCCGCGUCCGAGGCGAUUAUCCGCCAUGAAGACCUCGGCGUUGACGGCACGAUUACGUACAUCGGCCAGCUUAUCCAGCUUGCGACGAUUUAUGAUAACACGGGGGUACAUCCGCAUGUGAAGGAUUUCGGGGAGUUGGUCCAUGGCUCUACGAGGAAGGAGAUCAAUGAGGCGUAUCCGCGGAUGAAAUGGUGCUCGAAGUUCGCGACGACGAUUCGCAAGGAGGAGGCGAUUAAGCCUUGGUGUCAUUCGACGCAUUUGGUGGAUUUUGAUAAGGAGAUUGAGGCGAAUACUCUUAUGCGGGAGUGGGAAUAGUUGGCUGACUUGAACCAUGGAUGUUUGAUACUUAGCUCUCUAAAGAAUCAUAUGUUGGAAUGCUUCCCAGGCUUAGAUUCUAGUGCGUAGUAUAUUUCGCUGGCGAGUCCGUUUAAGAAAGUGG